GCGUGUCAAAUGCCAAGAAACCGAACGUCGUCAGAAUCUAACAAAUAUGGACUGUGUCAAAACAAAUAGCAAUUUGUAUUUUAUAUGAUGUAUAUUUGCUUCGUUUGAACAUCAACAGGCAAAUUGGCUAUUUUCUGGUUACCUGCAUGAGGGUAACCUGAACUUGUUAUAGAAGAUGGAAUUGAGGCAGACGGCUGCAUCAAGAUAAACCCUGGUUAAACUAGGCCGUAAUUAACAAAACAGACUGUGCUUAGACUUGCAAAGAGUUGCUCAAAUGGAAUCCGCAAUUACUAUUUCCAGUUCGGAGAGCAGCGUUCAGAAUUCCACAUCUAUCGAGUCGCUUGAUCCUGACGCUGCUCUGGAUCGUUUGCCUAUCAAUGGCGAUCCCAAGCAGUCCUACAAUAGUUCAUGUACGCCCACAACCUUUGAGAAGGUUGAUAAAUGGCUGAAAAGUCUAGACGUUUUUAACAGGAACGAGGAAAGCUGCAGCAGCUCUUGCUUCCAAAGCUUGGAUUUCCAUUCCAGCGAAAACCAUUUCCUUCAUGAGAUCAUAUCAUUAGAUCUAAAUGCCCCGAAUAUUAGGAAUGAUACAGUGCUCCAAGAUCAGUCGCAUGCCUACUCAAAUGAAUCGUCCGACAAUUCUAUUACCUCCAGCCGCAAAACAGCUGGGAAACCUCUACCUAGAGCUAGAAGAAAAAUGCGUGGCCAGGCCACACCAGUUAAAGCGCGAAAAAACUCACAGCAGAAGCAAAUGCGGGAGUGGGACGAUUCAGAUUCCGCUCCAGAAAACGUUAAGAAACAGGAACUAUGCAGUUACUUGCAACUGAUGAAGCCCACAGAUAAGAAGACUGUGAUGAUUUUGCAAAAUCGACGGUCAGUAAGAGUAAAAAAUUUGAGUCUAAUGCAACAAAAUCGCGAUCUAGAGAAGAAGCUCAAAGAGCGUUCAGAAGAUAGAGAUGAAAUCCGUAGUGUAUCAAAGUGUUCGCACAGUAAAUCUACCAGAGAAGUGGGCAAUGACAAGAAAAGCACAAAGGUGGGGACAAGAAAAGAUCAACCAGCGACUUUUCGAUUUCCUAAUCCCACUGGUAGUGUAACAAGGGCGGUUAGAUACUUUGAUGAAACCGAACAAGAAGAUUGGUUUAAAGAAUGGAAGGAACAACCAAGUAAACACGCAACAGGCGAACUGAGUGAUCAAAAGGAAAACCAAAAAUGCGUUACAGGCAAAUCAAGUAAUUAUUUUGAAGGAAAAUUUUAUAUUCUAGAAUCGCGAAAGAGCAACUUAGUCAAUAUAGGAAGUUUCGAUGCACCGUUAGAUUCCUUUUUAGACAACCGGAAUCACAGGAAUUUGCAGCGGUUUAAUACAAAUAACGGCGAAAAUAAUGUGAACACGAAGCAUCCUACUCAAAUCAUAGACUCAGUUUAUCCUAGUUUCUCAAUCCCAACACCGCCAUCUAGAUUGGUGGAAACCAUUCGUGAUUUUGAUGUAACAGUUGAAGAGAACAAAGAUAUUUUCACCUUGAUUCCAAGUACAGAAUUAAUAUCACAGUCGACUUCUUGCAGUAAUCUUGUAAACAAUAACAGGGAAUCAUCAGCACUGCCAAAAGCGGUAAAUAAACUCAACAGCACACGUCCAGGCAAAGAGAACUUUGGGUCUGCAAGAAGUGAAAUUUUUCGUAGGAAUUGUAAAAAAUCAGCAAUUAAAAGCAUCACUAAAAGUGAGACGGCCAUAUCCACCGCUAAAGGCAGGAAAAGAGACCGGCGGUCUGAUUGCUUAACACCAGAGAUGAAGAGUCGGUGGAAAAACUUACGGAAAUUUAUUCCGGUAAAACCAACAAAUCAUGAUAAUUCAAAAAUUGAACUAAUACCUAGAAAACAGUUAGCUAAAUUCAAAAAUCAAGCCGAACAUUUUUCUGGCAAGUCAACAAACCUCUCCAGACGUGAAGGGAGUUCCCGGACAUCUUUGGUAAUUCGCAGUGACAAGAAGAGAAACGAAAAAUCCACAAAUAGUAUGUCGGAUUUUUCAACUGAAUAUAGCUUUAACGUACAAUCAUAUAGCAAAGAAAAGAGUUCUAUUCAAUGUAGGUUGAGCAAUUCUCCCAAAUCGAUGCUCCGAACAAUGGUGGACAAUGGUUCUGCCUCCGAUAAAUUUCGAUCAGAACGAUGGAAGAACGAUGCUCUGUGUGUGAUGCAGUAUCAGGAUUGCGAGCCACCAUCGACAAUCAUGGCUGUUUAUACAUAUAAGACACAAGAUCAACUAGAAACUCUAUCCUGUACGGGAUCUUAUAAUAAUGCCGGGAGGAAAAACCCUUUUAUUUCCCAAAUUUUCGUUAACGAUAUAUUAAAACAGGGAAGCUCAACGGAAGAUAAAAGAACCACUCGCGGUAGUUUGCUCAACGGGCAAACAGUGUCUGAUAGAGCAACUACGGAAGAAUCGCGAAACUCCUCCAAAUCAGUUAGUUCUUCCGAAAAAUGCUCAAAGCCUGUACAGCCGCAAAUUCCCCGACUAGAAUAUCUUGAUCCAGCCACAUUUAUCUCGUUUGAUAAGGACAGAUCUCCAAACUCGUUCUAUCGAUGUUUAAAUUCCACAAUGCCAAAGAGGACUGCUGCUUUGGAAAUUGAACCGUCAUCUACCAGUUGGGCUUCCAACAGUCCGAAUUCCCGACAGAAGAGGGACCAGCAUCUGAUUCAAGUUUCCAACAAUAAUGGUCGUGUAAUCAACGUGUUUUACCGUGAUUAUAAUUUAAUACUUUGUCAAGAAACUCUCAUUUCUUUUUGGACACAGACAGCAUUGGGCAAUGUUUUAGGCGCUCAAAAUAUGUGGAUCAAAAAAGGAAGCAUCCGAAGAUUAUCAACGAAUAAACAUGGCAUAUUCAAGGAAGCCCUGGAAAUGGUCGUUUCAACGGAGUCCAGUGUAGCAUACAUCGAGUUGUGGACUAAAGAACAUCAGAGCGCCUUUCGAGAAGUACCAGUUGCUGAUGUGUUUGCAAUUGUCUAUUACUGGAAGAAUGGGCAAACUGGCCUGGAUAAGAAAGUAUUACAGCUAGAGAAUAUUAAAGGAUUUGCUGAUGACGUCCAUUAUUCCAUAUUAACAUCGUCACCAAAGAUAAUCGUAAGCUGGCACAUAGCUAGCAAUGAAGUGGAUAGCCAGAAGACGUUUGUUCACUGCUAUCAAUUGACUGCAGAUUUUCAGGCAGUUUGCAACAUCAGCAAGUUCGAAGCAGUGGAGCAUUAUGUAUCUUCAUUGCACAAUAUUCAAGGUUGCGAUACCUUAAUUAUGGGAUGCGGGGAUAACAAAAUAACACUCUGGAACCUGGAACAUGGCUAUGUGGCCACUACUAUUGAGAUGACUGACAUAAAAUCCACGCUAUGCACUCUAUGGGCCAAGUGCGAUCGGGGGUUUCUGUUCACUUUGCAAGAAUGUGUGGACAAGGAAUUGCGAAUAGUGGCGAUCCACGGCCUGAAUCACUCAUGGAAGAAGCUGGCCAGUUAUGUGCCUCCAAAGAAUUACGACAGAUUGAGAGGCGUAUAUAUUGAGAACGGCAUUGUUCUUGCCUGCUAUCAGGAAGGGAUUAUCUGCUGGAAUGCACAAACGGCUGAUAGGAUGUUCGAAGUGACCCAGACCGAGCCGGAAUUCAUUUCAGGAAAAUACAUAAUCAGUAUCGUAAACGAUCAACUGAAGAUAAAACAUGCCAUUACGUAUAUAUUAAGCUCUGAAGAGUUAUAAGAAGAAACCCACCUAAAACAUGCUCUGCACAGUGUAAAUAUGUACAUAUAUUGCGAACAUUGUCCAAUUCAAUUAAUUCCAAAUUCAUCAGUGAAAUUCCUAUGAAAUUUGAUACGAUGGACUUUUAGUUGAUUCUAUUUGGUAAUUAUCGCUUAAUAGUGGAGAAAGUUGCAAGAAAAUUUUUUACAACAAUUUGCACGACAAUUUCUACUUUGUCACUAAUGCAAUAAAGGAAGCGAUUAAUUGUACUGAUAGGACCUGUAAAUUAUUGUUGCCCAUUAAUGGAUGAAAAUUGAAGAAUUGUUUGGCAUAGUAAAUGUUUAUGAUAAA